AUGUUCGGAAAUCAUAACUUGAAAUUAAUUAAACAACUAAAGCACAAUGGCCUCAAUGAUGGUAUUAACUGCUGCUCUGGCAAUCUUUGCAAUAACAAGGAUCAAACAAGUAGCAACGAAAAUCUCCUGAUCAAGACUCUCGCCAAAGCCACUAAAAAUUUGAUGAAG